AUGGAAGAAACUAUAAAUAUCACCUCAUUAGAGAAGUUCGAUCCAUCCCAUUACUCCAUAGUCCACACCUUAGCUUUAACAAGGUAUGAUACUAGGAAGAUCAAUGAGUUCAAUUCCCCAACCGUUAGUCUUGGCUUCAACUCUGGAAGCUUUACUGGAGGCCGUUGCUGCCGGAUUGAGAGAGAUGCACUUUUAAAGUUCAAGCAUGAUCUCAAAGACCCUUCAAACCGUCUUGCCUCUUGGGAUGGUGUUGGAGAUUGCUGUACAUGGCGUGGAGUCAUUUGUGACAAUGUAACUGGCCAUGUCAUCGAGCUCCGCCUCAGAGGCCUUUCUUUCAAAGACUAUCUUGCUUCAAGUGGUGCUUCCACUAACUAUGAUGAUUAUUUGAGGCUAAUCUUCAGUGGUAAGAUCAAUCCUUCUCUGCUCAGCUUGAAACAUAUGAGGUACUUGGACCUGAGCGACAAUGACUUCCAAGGAAUUCAAAUUCCCAAAUUCUUUGGCUCGAUGGGGAGCUUAAAACACCUUGACCUCUCUGAUGCUGGAUUUUCAGGUAUGAUUCCUUAUCAAUUAGGAAAUCUCUCAAAUCUCCAUUACCUUAAUCUCCAUGAUUAUAAUUCUCAGUUCAACGUUGAGAAUUUAAAUUGGCUUUCUGGACUUUCUUCACUAGAAUUUCUUGAUUUGAGUCUUGUGCCUCUCGGUAAGGUCCUUAAUUGGUUGAAGGUGAUAAGCACACUCCCUUCUUUGGUAGAAUUACAUUUGUCAUACUGCCAACUUCCUUAUGUUCCGUCAAUUCUCAACGUUAACUUUUCAUCCCUUUCCAUCCUCGAUUUAUCAUCCAAUUAUAUUGAUGAAUCGGCAAUUUCCAUGAGAAACUUUCCUAGUUGGAUCUCCCAUCUUAAAACUCUUGUUUCUCUUAAUCUGGCAAACAACAAUUUCCAAGGUCCAAUCCCGAAUAAUCUUCAAAACAUGACGUUGCUUAGGGAACUUGAUUUGUCUAUCAAUCACUUCUAUUCUUCUAUACCUGAUUGGUUGUAUGGUUUUGUCCAUCUUAAGUUCCUUAACCUUCUAUCCAACAACUUGCAAGGUGGUCUUUCACGUUCCAUUCGAAACAUGACCUCUCUGAUUAGCCUUGACUUGUCAUUAAAUCCUAAACUCGAAUUUGAAGGAGGAAUUCCAGCAUCAUUCAAAAACCUUUGCAAUUUGAGAAUACUAUCUUUGUCAUACAUUAAACUAAACCAAGAUAUGGCUGAGGUUCUUGAAAUUCUAUCAGGAUGUGUUUCGGGAGAGCUCGAGUCAUUAGACUUGGCUGGUUGUCUGUUAUUUGGUCAUUUGACCAAUCAUCUUGGACAAUUUAAAAAUCUAGCUUACCUUGAUCUAAGGUCUAAUUCGAUUUCGGGUCCAAUUCCAAUGUCUUUACGAGAUUUGGUUUCCUUAAGAAGUCUAGACCUUUCCGAAAACAAGUUGAAUGGAACUCUUCCAAAAUCUUUUGGGGAGCUUAGUAAGUUGGAAGAGGUAGAUAUUUCUCAUAAUUUGUUAGAGGGUGAUGUUUUUGAAAUUCACUUUGCAAAUCUCAAAAAUUUGAGCAACUUUUCUGCUACUGGAAACCAAUUGAAUUUGAGAGUUAGUCCUGAUUGGAUUCCUCCUCCACUUGUAUUCUUAGAUUUGAGAUCUUGGAAUAUUGGAUCCCAAUUUCCCAUGUGGCUUCGCCCGCUUAAGCAUUUGUCAUAUUUGGAUAUAUCCAACUCGAGUAUUUCGGCUACUGUUCCUAUUUGGUUCUGGACCAUGUCGUUCCGAUUGGAGUAUUUAAAUCUCUCUCACAAUCACAUUUAUGGAGUGAUUCCCAGUAAACUUAAGCUUGAUUUUUCUGCUUCCUACCCUUUAGUCGACUUGAGUUCAAAUCAUUUCAAGGGUCCAUUACCUCCUAUAUUCUCCAAUGUGGGUGCGUUAGAUCUCUCCAACAAUUCAUUUUCAGGUUCCAUAUUCAACUUCUUAUGCCACAACAUGGAUGAGUUGAAGAAUAUGCAAGUUCUUAACCUUGGAGAAAAUCUUUUAAAUGGAGAGAUACCAGAUUGUUGGUUUAGCUGGCAAUAUUUGGUGGCGAUAAAAUUGAGCAACAAUAAAUUUAGCGGCAAUAUUCCUGACUCUAUAGGAACUUUGAGCUUGCUCGAGUCAUUGCACAUUCGCAAUAACAGCCUGUCAGGUAAACUACCGAUAUCAUUGAAAAAUUGUAAUAAAUUGAUCACACUUGAUAUUGGAGAAAAUGGAUUAGUAGGAAGCAUGCCAACAUGGAUUGGAAAGAGAUUCUCCAAGAUGGUUGUUCUAAACAUGCGAGCAAAUAAGUUUUAUGGCCAUAUACCAAAGGAGCUUUGCAAUUUAGCUUCUUUGCAAAUCUUGGAUCUUGCUCACAAUCACCUCUCGGGGAGCAUACCAACGUGUUUCAAUAAUUUCAGUGCCAUGGUUACAAGAAAUGAUUCUCUUGGAAAAAUUUAUCUGGAUAGUGGAUCGUCAACUUUUGACAAUGUGCUUCUCGUGAUGAAAGGAAAAGUCGUCGAGUAUAGCACUAUUCUUAAAUUCGUAAGGAGUAUAGACCUUUCCAGUAAUACUUUACGUGGGAAGAUUCCUAAGGAAGUUACAUGUCUCGGUGAAUUACAAUCUUUGAAUUUAUCACAAAAUUUCUUGACAGGACAAAUUCCUGAGGAUAUAGGUUCCAUGAGAUAUUUGGAAUCUGUUGAUUUUUCUAUAAACCAACUUUCAGGCAAAAUCCCUCAAAGCAUGUCAGAUUUGACGUUUCUCAGUCAUCUCAACUUAUCUGACAACAAAUUAUGGGGGAAAAUUCCUUUAGGAACUCAAUUACAAAGCUUUGGUUCGUCUAGUUUCAGUGGCAACGAACUUUGUGGACCUCCGCUCCCCAAGAAUUGCAGCGUGGAUAAUAAGAUUGAUGUUGAGCAUGAAAUGAAAGAAGAUGACGGUGGACCCAAGGGUAUUUGGUUCUAUGCAAGCAUGGCACUUGGUUUCAUUGUGGGUUUCUGGGCUGUCGUCGGUCCUAUAUUGUUCAAUAGACGGUGGAGAUAUAAGUAG